UUUUUUUUUUUUUUUAUUUAUUCUCACUUACUUACUUCAUGAUAAAGGAAUCCCCCACUAUCACCAUUAAAAAGGAUCCUGAGGUUCUUCAAGAGGAACAAGAAGAUCUUAUUUUAUCAUAUUUGAAUACUGAUUAUGUUUCAACGGAAACUACAACAGACGACCCACCUUCACCUCCUUAUUCUACUUCUUCAGCUUCAACAGAUGCCGCGCCUUCUUCUACAGAUAUGGACUAUACACCUGAACAAACUUCUUCUCUUUAUUUACAGGAUCCUUUUCUUCUUCAUUUACAAACUGCACUCAAUGAACAAGGUUUACCACUACCUUGGCCUUCUUCCACUGCCGCUCUUCCCACCGCCCCUUCUCCUUUUGGUGUACAAGAUCCUUCCUGCCUAAUGAAUAUUCACCCCUUAUUUAUUCCAACCACAAACACAACAACACCCCUGCAACCCCUAUAUCAUCCUUCCUUUCUUCAGCCUCAACAAAACGAUAUAGAUCAGUCAAAACAGCCUUUAUCACCAAGAUCUUCAUGUUCAUCUACUACUUCCGAUACUGAACAAUCCAAAAAGAAACGUGGGGGUAGAAAGAAACGAGAAGUAUCUAUCGUUCCUGCUCCAGUGAAACAGUUGACUCGAAUUUUACCUGCUACCGCCAAUACCAAUAAUUCAACAACAACCACUCCAGCAACUACACCUCCGGCAACCACUCCACCACCACCACAAGAAGAUGGUCAUCACGUGGUCAAAUCAGAAUCAUCUGUCACAACCUCAUUGGAUCAAAUACCUUCACCACCCCAUCAUACAUAUCAACGGGCCUCCAUUUCAUCCACCACUUCAAACAAUAGUACUCAAUCACCGUCCAAUACUACAACUGAAAAGACACCAGCUGAAAUUGCUUAUGCAAAACGCCAAGAACGUUUAAUCAAGAACCGUGCUGCUGCCUUACUAUCCAGAAAAAGGAAAAGAGAGCAUCUCACUACAUUGGAAGAAGAACGACAACAAUUGAUGACCGAAAAUGAAGGCUUAAAAUCAAAAGUUUCUACUUUGGAACAACGUGUGGUAUCUCUGGAACAGGAAAAUAUGGAACUGAAACGAAAAUUAUCUGGUCCUCCUACUAUUUCUUUAAACAAACAACAACAACAUCAUCAUCAUCAUCAUUCUCUAGCUACACCUAAACAUGCAAAAACAACUGGAAUGGUAUUUAUGAUCAUACUAUUCUCAUUUGCUCUAUUCACAUUGCCUUCAUCACAUUCUUCGGACCAAUUGACAGUGGGUGGAGGAGGAGGCGCGGGUAAACCACAUAUGCCCUUAAUUGGAUCAAGUCCUUCAAGUGUUCCCGAAAUCAGAUUAGAUACGGUUGAUCAUAGUACAACAACAGAAUCUACUACCACAACAACUAACUCAACGAUAGUAACCACUGAUUUAAUGUUGAUGAAUCAUGUACAACCUGGACAAUUACAAUCUUGGAUCAAAGAACAAUUGACUUCACAAAAACAAGAACAUCCAGUUCAUCAAGAAACUGGACUUGUACAAUGGCGGGAUUCUUCUUCUUCUUCAGGUCAUCUUUAUUUAUAUGCUCAGGAACUAUCACAAGUGAAACCAAUACAAACUGAUCCAUUGACAGCCACCACCACUUUUGAACCAACUUUAUCUAUUCUUUGUCCUCUUAAUACUUCCUCAGCUUGUGAACGACCAUCGUAUCUUCAAAUUGAUGUCAAGGUGCUGGGCUCACGGAUUUUGGAUGGCGAACUGAAACAGAUGAACAUAGAAACAACCACCGACAGACACAACAAGAAUGAUUCAAUGAUGUUCGAUGUCAAGGGUAUGGACAAGCAACAACUUUUCGAUCAUGAUGACGAACGGAGAUCACUUCGAAGGAAGAAAAUGAUGGAUGAUAAAAGGAAACGAUUCUCUAGAGUAGUUUUAGAUGAUAGUAUAUAGUAUUUUAUUUUAUUUUGUUUUUGUUUUUGUUUUGAUAGUUUUUAUUAUUCUCUCCCCUCAAAGUGUUAUUAUAUCAUGAAAUAAAAAAAAAAAUAACGGGUUA